UCCAUAUAAAUGUGUAUAAAUAUGUUACAUGUGCAUCUCUGCUGACAAUUGGACAACCUGGGCCUAAAACUGACCACCAGUUGCCGGGUCUGGAGCUGAAGAAUCGUGAGUUGGUGACUUCCUGAUUUGGUUAUCUCUUUCUCUUUCCGCCAGAAAUCUGCUGUUAUCAUUUGGAUCAACAGGAGUAAAAUGGACAAGGAAAAUGGACAUGGACCUUUGUAUUUUGAACUUAACACCGGAGCUAAGAUGCCAUCUGUUGGUUUGGGAACGUGGAAAGCUCCUCCAGGUGUUGUUGGUGAUGCUGUCAUUGCUGCAGUCAAGGCUGGUUAUAGGCACAUCGACUGUGCCCAUGUUUAUGAUAAUGAAAAAGAGGUUGGGAUUGCAUUAAAGGAACUCCUUUCCACAGGGGUGGUGAAGCGCAGUGAAAUGUUCAUCACAUCAAAACUAUGGUGCAGCGACCAUGCACCUGAAGAUGUCUCAAAGGCAUUGACCAGAACUCUGGAAGCCCUCCAACUUGACUACAUUGAUCUGUAUCUUAUACAUUGGCCAUUUCGAACUAAGCCUGGUAUGCGAGGGUGGGACCCUGAAAUCAUGGCUCCCUUGUGUCUUCCAGAGACAUGGAGUGCAAUGGAGGGCUUGUAUGCGUCCGGUCAGGCACGGGCCAUUGGAGUCAGCAACUUCUCUACUAAGAAGCUGCAGGACCUGCUCCAGUCUGCGAAAGUUCCGCCUGCUGUCAAUCAGGUGGAAUGUCACCCUGUUUGGCAGCAGCCUGGGCUACACAACUUGUGCAAGUCCACGGGAGUUCAUCUAUCGGCAUAUUCCCCUCUAGGAUCUCCAGGGACUUGGAUUAAAGGAGAAAUCAUGAAGGAACCAGUUCUGAUUGAAAUUGCUGAAAAACUUAACAAGUCUCCAGCACAAGUUGCUCUGCGCUGGGGUAUUCAGAGUGGUCACAGUGUACUUCCAAAAAGUGUGAAUGAGUCCAGGAUCAAGGAAAAUUUUAGCUUGUUUGAUUGGUCCAUACCUCCCGAGCUCUUCUCGAAAUUCUCAGGCAUCCACCAGCAAAGGCUCCUCAGAGGGGAAUUUGCAGUUCAUGGAACUCGUAGUCCUUACAAGAGCCUUGAAGAACUGUGGGAUGGUGAAAUAUGAGAGGAUGUAGAUUCUAUUACUUUCUGUGUUUUGUCUAAACAAAAUUGAGGAAGGUCAAGUUUUCAUUAUCAAUCCAUUACCAGAAUAAUAGGACAAUCCAGAUUCUCUGCAACAGUUAGUCAUAGAUAGCAGUUGCAUUCUGAACCGUAGUUUUUCCAUUUCUGACUACUUUCGAAAAGUUUUGUGUUAAUUCAGGAACAAUGAUGUUAAUCGCAUGGAAUACAACUUUUCUUUUCUUAUGAAUGAAUCUAAUGUUUACAUGACUUCUAGUGAUCAGGAAUUCAAUUUCCCCUAUGAAUCUUUCACCUUCUCAGAUAGCCAACACUCUUAGAAACUGCAUUUUAAAAUGCUUAUCCAUUAAAGGAGGUAAUUAUACAGGGCUCUGCGCUGAGCAUGAUCCAGACAAUAAAAUUCUGGAAAGAUGAUCUUGAUAAGGGUGAAAAAAAAAAUAUAGUAACGCCAUGCGCAGUUACACAAGCAGUUCUGCAGUACUAUAUUACAAGAUAGAAACUAACAGUAAGCAUGGGAAAGUGAAAAAAAAAAAAA